AUGGCAAGCAGUAUCCCAGCUACAGACCCCGCGGUGUAUGCUUCCUAUCAAGCGAAAUGGGCUGCGCUCCCGGACACUGCAGAUGCGUGGUUAGCUCGGGCGCGCGAGGUAGCCGACGUCCUGGCACAGGACGCCGCUCAACGGGACCAAGAGAACAAGUCACCACGCGCCGAGGUUGCGCUUCUCAAGCACUCUGGCUUGCUUAAGGUCCUUGGGCCUAAGAAGUAUGGUGGUGGCGAACAGCCUUGGUCGGUAGGUUACCAGACUAUUCGCGAAGUCGCGAAGGCAGACGGCUCAAUUGGAAUGCUUCUGGGCUAUCACCUUCUCUGGUCGACCACUGCUAAUGUGGUUGGGACCCCCGAACAAAUCGAACGCACUCACGAGACGAUCAUCAAGAACAAUUAUUUUGUCGGCGGAGCUGUAAACCCGCGCGACAGCGAUCUGAAAAUCACUGCAGAAGGGGACCAUAUCGUGUUCAAUGGCCAAAAGUUCUUCAACACCGGUGGUGUCGUCUCUGACCUAACAGUCCUUGAAGGUGUCCUGGAGGGCACCGAUGGUCAUAUCUUUGCCCUCGUGCCAACCGUGCAGCCUGGAAUCAAGUUCGCCCACAAUUGGCACAACAUCGGUCUGCGGCUGACCGAGUCUGGUGGUGUCAAGAUCGAGAAUGUUCGAGCUCCCUGGAGCGAUGCUCUCGGCUGGGACCCUAGUACCAAGAAGCCCAGGGACGAUAUUUUACAGAUUCCUUUUGCUUCUCUGUUGUUACCAACUAUUCAGCUUGUGUUCAGCAACUUCUACUUGGGUAUUGGCAUCGGUGCGCUCGAGUUUGCCGCGAAAUACACCAAGCAGCACACCCGUGCCUGGCCCUUUGGCGGAGACAACAAGGACUCCGCCACUGAAGAAUUCUACGUCCUCGAGAGAUACGGCAACUUUUUCGCUCACCUGCGGGCUGCGGAAGCCUUAGCCGACCGGGCUGGCGAGAAGGCGUCCGAAGUGUAUAACCAGUACGGCGCCAACCGAGCCGCUCUCACAGCCGAAGCGCGUGGAGAAUUGGCCGAGUGGGUCGCUAGUGUCAAGGUAGUCACAACUGACACUGGACUCCGCGUGACCUCUGGAGUAUUCGAAGUCACUGGAGCCCGCGCAACCUCGUUGAAGGUGGGACUUGAUCGGUUCUGGCGCGACAUCCGCACACACACCCUGCAUGAUCCCGUGGCGUAUAAGAAUCGGGAACAGGGACGGUAUGCGCUCCUGCAUGAGUACCCCGCGCCUUCAUGGUACACCUAA